AUGGCAAUUACAACAUUGGCAAAUAUAUUCCCGGGGAAGAAUAAAUUCCCCAGACUAAACAUUCUGCAUUCUACGCGCCAGUUAUCAUCGGCCCUAAUGGAUAAAGAGCACCAGGACCUAUCAGAGGAUUUUUUUCGGUUUACCCGUGGACGCUUUCUCUGCAACGAGACGGAACAACUAACGCAACGGCACGUUGAAUUCAAUGUGAAGGAGCUUGCAGCCACAGCCGCGGGGGCGAUCGGGGCAACAAAAUGCAUAAAUAUUCAAAAAUGCACCGAUGGCCAUUACAAUAAGGCAUUUCUACUCACCAUGGACAACGGUAAAGAAGUCAUUGGUAAAAUACCCAACCCAAAUGCUGGGCCGGCGCAUCUUACAACUGCUAGCGAAGUUGCUACGAUGGACUUCAUGCGCAAUGUCCUUCAAACCCCGGUCCCGCAAGUUUACUCGUGGAAUUCUAAGGCCAAUGAGGAGAACCGGGUUGGAGCCGAAUACAUCAUCAUGGAAAAGGUCCCUGGGGUUCCUUUGGGAUCAGUCUGGGAGUCACUUGAACCCCCCGACAAGCUUAAGGUGUUCUUACAGAUAUUUAGAUACCAAAAAAGAUGGACGGCAGUAAAGUUUUCUCAGUUUGGUAGUCUAUACUACUCUAAGAAUCUUCCGGCCGAUGCAUCGUCAAGGGGCAAUCUUUAUAUCGAUAAAGAUGGACGGUCGGUCGAUCACUUUGCAGUUGGGCCAACCGUUAGUCGAGAGUGGUUACAGGACGGAAGGCAGGAACUCCAGUGCUAUAGGGGACCUUACUAUCGCAUGGCAAUUGGCCGUCGAGAGGGCAUGGCAAUAAGGACUCUAAAACAGUUCCCAAAGCAAUGUGUUAUGUUCUGUGGCCCGGGAGCGUAUCAACCAACGCUCGAGAAGAAGCUUGCUGCGGUCAAGCUAUAUUCCCACAUACUUCAGCACAUAUUACCUAGCGAAACGGGACUCACUUCAGGCCAUCUGUGGCACAAUGAUCUCCAUGCAGAGAAUAUAUUUGUUAAUCCGGAUAGACCAACAGAAAUUACGGGUAUAAUCGACUGGCAGUCGAUACAGAUCGCGCCCUUGACCGAUCACUGCCUGGACCCUAACUUUCUGGGUUACGAAGGCCCUGAUGUCGGUGAUAACCCCCAACCACCAGCCCUCCGCGAAGACAUUGAUUCGCUUGAGCAGAACGAAAGAAGAGCAGCUAUCAAACAGUUCUAUGACACAUCUGUUAUGGUAGCAUGGAGGAUGCUGGUAAAGAAAAAGAACCCCGACCAACAUGCAGCGAUCCGAUUCCAGAAAUCAAAGGCCGGGCAUAUGCUGAACCUCUCGCAGAAUCUAUAUGUCUUUGGCGAAGCGCAUUUCCGAGCUCUAGUAUUAGAUCUAAGAGAUGAAUGGGCAGAGUCGGGAAAGGACUUUCCACUCACAUUCUCGGCUACGGAAAUCUCAGAGAUAGAAGCAGACGUGAAGGCUGCCGAUAUUGGGCUAGGGGUUAUGAACAUGAUCACUGAGAGGAUGGGCGAUUUAUGGCCUGAGAAGUGGUUUGUUGAGCAUGAGAACUAUGAAGCGGCCAUGGCAAAGCUACGUGAUAUCAAAGCGGAGCUCGUGGAGAAGGCCGUUCGCUCUCCGGAAGAUAAGGAGGUGUUUGAAACGUUCUGGCCUUUUGACUGCUAG